AAUCACUGUAAGGAUCCGCACGCAUUGCGAUCGGAAGAAGCAGAAGGCAGGCUCGACUAAAAGGAGAGCUGAGUAGCAGAGGGGCGACCUGAAGGAGCACAUGAAGAUGGUAACUCGCGCAAAUUUGACGGCGUGGUUGAUCGCGAUGAUCGCGGCGGGAUUCAUAGAGGUCGACACAGUGGCGGCGGCGACAUACAUGGUCGGAGACGGAUUGGGGUGGACCGUCCCCUCCAACGUAUCCUAUUACCAGUCUUGGGCUGCCUCCAAGACUUUCAUGGUUGGCGACAAGCUAUCUUUCAAUUGGACGGGGACGCACAACGUGGCUGAAGUAUCAAAGGCCGAGUACGACAACUGCACCAAGGUCGUAUCCGUUCUGGGCAGUUCGGGGGACAUCCAGCUUUUGAAGGGCGGGUCUCACUAUUACAUCUGCACCGUCGAUUCACACUGCGAGCUCGGCCAGAAGCUGUCCAUCACCGUCGGAUCGUCAACAGCUGCUCCGACCUCACCGAGCAAUUCCGCUUCGUCGACGGCUUUUGACUCCAGUGUCUUGGUCCCUGCAUUCGUUACCAUCGCCUAUCUCAGUUUACUGUGUCAUAACACUCGUCAUUGAAUGGAAUGUCGUAUAUUAUGUUGAGUUAACGCAACGAUGUCAUCUCUGUAAUAUAUGGAAAAUAAGGUCAAUUGUCUCUUUCUUGGCCUAUAAGAAAAUAGAGUCAAUUCAUGCGA